CCUGAAAUAUUUGAUAUUGAAUUGAUAUAUAGCCGCCAUCGUCUCUUCCCUCCGGCCACAGGGUAAGCUCGCAGAAGCAGGAUCUCGGAAACGGCAAGCAAUGGGUAAAGGUACAGGGAGUUUCGGUAAGAGAAGGAACAAAACCCACACACUGUGUGUCCGGUGUGGUCGUCGGAGUUUCCAUCUUCAGAAGAGUCGAUGCUCUGCUUGUGCUUAUCCUGCUGCUCGCGUCAGGAAAUAUAACUGGAGCGUCAAGGCGAUCCGAAGGAAGACGACUGGAACUGGUCGCAUGAGGUAUCUCCGUAAUCUUCCCCGCAGAUUCAAGAGCAACUUCAGAGAAGGUACUCAAGCUGCGCCUAGGAAGAUCGCUGCUGCAACUUCAACAUAAAGCUCCAAGGAAUCACAUCUAAAUCGACUAUACGGGUAUCAAUCAAGCAUAUUUCCUUUAGGGCAAUUAGUGUAGGUGAACAUCAUUUGGAGCGAUUAAUCCCGUAGUCUGUUCUAAGUUUUUUUUGGGAAAUCUGUUAUUCUGAUUUAUGGAUGAUGAUGCAUUUUGAAUUAAGUGUUUGUGAUUUUAAACACCUUUUGCUCUUUA